UGGAAUGUAAUGAUAAUAGAUGAGAGGUGAAACCGAUUCAUGUUUUACAUAAACUGAGUCUGUGGUCUGUGCUCCUCCUCCCUUCUCUAUUCUCCCUCCCAAUUUGCAUGCAUGGAUGAGGUAAUCCCAGAAUGAGGAUUUCUGGUGUAGGCGGUUGACUACAGCCACUGUUCCCCUGCUAAUAUAAGACUCUGCAUGUAUGAGCGGUAAACAGCUUUUUCGGGAUCAGCCACUUCACAGCCACUCGAGGAGAGAUCAGCCCUGUUGCCAUGGGACAGAAACUGAUGGGACCGACUCUGCCAUCCGAGGCUGCCUGCGGGGAUGCGAUGGUUGCUAUGGGCCGGGACGAGUCCAUUCUUAUUCUCAUCAAACACUGCCGGGACAUGAAGCAACAGGAGUCGCGCCUCAGACUCAUCACUCUGCUCCUGCUGCUCAGCUGUACCACACUGUUCGUUUUUAUCAAGGCCGCAGAUUUAAAGCAGUGUGGAAACUCUGGAUCUAUCGAACAGAGGAUCACAGAAGAGCAACAUCCAGCCUACUCCCAGCAGGAGAGACUGUGUCCUGCAGUUAAUCCUCAAAAUAACUCCCAGCGGCCACACAUUCACCUCCAUUCUAUGACUACAGACAACAGGACCGAUGGACAGUACAUCAAAUGGAAAAGCAUGUUUGGGAAAGAAUACAGCGAGGAAAAACAGGCCAUUGUGAUUCCACAGACGGGCGUCUACUUUAUCUACGUGACGAUUACCCUGCUCUGCGAUGAGGAGACUACCACUCAAGCUGAAGACUUCAACAAGUUGUUAGUGCAGCUGCGCCGCUGGAAUGAAGGUUACGACAAGAUUGUGCCCAUAAUGGAUGCCUGGAACGGGGUAACAUGCACUUCAAAGGUGCCCAGGAGUGUGUUUGUGGGGCAGCUGUUUGACUUGUUGGCGGGAGAUCAUGUGAGCGUGUGGAUCGAAUUUGGCUAUAAGCUGGUCUGGAAAUCGUCAUUUGGUGCUUAUCUUGCAUAGAGAAUAUGCCCUGAUGAGAAUAUGCCUUUUUUGGGCAUCUUCAUUGAUUUGAUAAUGUAUGUUUAAAGUUUUUUUUUUUUUUUUUUUUAAAUUAAAAAGAAUUUUUUUUUCAAGUUAUUUAUCAUUAUUCAUUUAUAAGUUUUGUAUGUUUUAAAGCGCUUUCUGUUAAGGUUUAAAAUAACUGUGUGUUCAGGUUUGGACGAUAAACAGUAUAUACAUAAUUAUCUCAGUAAGAUGUUGUUCAGCUGGUGCCUCCAGAAUAGCUUCAAUACUCCUGUACCUAGAUUCAGUGACAGGAUGACCACAAUUCUUCCAAAUAUGUUCCCCCAUUUUCAGAUGUCUGCAAAAUCUCCUAUAUAUGUUCAUUGAGGUUGAGAGCUUUAUCUGCUGAGUUAAAGGUGCUAUAUGUAAGUUUUUGCUAUUGCUAUACAGCUAACAUUAGCAUUGACAGCUACUUACCAGUCCGGCAGAUACUUGAGUUCAGCAUCAAACACCAACGUUAACUAGUAGUGAUUCACUGUAGCCUCCAAUCUGCCCUGAGGAUGACCUCUUGUCUUGUCUCAGUGUAAUUAUGGCUGAAGCUCUCGUGACAAGAAACCACGUUCAGCAGUAGAGAAAACUUAAAAACAGCUCCUACCACCACCUCUACUACGAUAGCAGGUCACCGUAGCAUCCAGUCAGCCCUGAAGAAGUAGCGUUGCCCAGAGCGAGUAAUAGGAAGCUCCUGUGACUACCACCUGCUCUUGGUUCAGCAGCUGAGAAAACUUAUAUAGCAUCUUUAAAGACCACAGGCUGAUUGACAUGAUUUUCAUAAUCAUGAGUAAAUGAGUGACGAAACAGCUUCAAUCAUUUAUUCAGGUUUUUCCUUUAAAUCUAUCACCAGUCUGAAUAUAAAGUAUUAUAUUAUUAUUAAUAUUAUUAGUAAUUAGUAUUUAUAUUAGUGUUUUUGUGUGUAAUAUGUUACUGAGAUAAAUUUGCCUCUACUAUAUUACAGCUAAGCUUUUCCAUUGCCUUCGAAGCUUUGAGUCAGCUUGUUUAAACCAAAGGGAUGUUCAGCUGUUAUAGAUGCUGACUCUGGCUUUUGGAUGUAAUAUAUGUUCUGUUUGUGAUUUUUAGACUAAACAGCUGACACUAUUAUUGGUCCAGCAAAGUGAAACUGUCAGUUUGCUUGGUCAAAUUACAAACAUGUCAAAAACAUGUUUAUCUCUCCAUGAGUUCUGUUUUUAUUGCUUUUGUUUUUUUACUCUCUGCCCUAAUACAACACACGUGAAUGGAAUUGAAUUUGUUGUUAACAGCAUGGAAAUGAACAUCUUAAAGAUGAGAAAUACACAAUCAUUUCACUGUGAUUCUAUUGGUCUGUUUGGUUUUUAAUGUACAAUGUUCAUAUGUGCUGGACCAGAACAAAUAUUAUUUAUUAUAAAUGAGUCAGUUUAACUGUGUUACUUGAUGAACUGUAUUGGAUUCAUUAUUUUUUUAUUGGUCUUUUUUACACUGGAUUUGCUUAAUCAGUAUUUGACCUAUCAUUACUAUUGCUGGAUUACAGUCCCACUGUUGUAAACAUUUUUUUAAAUGAACAGUUACAACCUCAUGUUCAUUUUUACACUUGCCUUCCUUUGUGUCUUUUGUUUUGUUGCUGCUCGUCUACCUGAGUGAAGCCUUUAGGGGGAGUUUUCCUUCUCGCUUUGGAGAGUUUGAGCAGACUGGGAUCUGCUGCUGCUGCUGUGGGGCAUUAGCCCUCUGAGAUAUUUAAUGUAAUAUUGGACUAUAAAAAUA